UAUUCAGGAGGACAGAUCAGUCCAUUAGUUUAGGUAAAUUUAAAUGCAGACACAAAAUAGCUUAUUAUGCUAACUUCAUGAAAAUAAUAGUAGCCUUUCAAAUUCAAGUUAUAUUGUGUGAAGUGAUCCUAAUAUUAUGCUGUAUUUAAGCAAGGUGCUACGCAAAACACCUGAACGAUGCCAUAAAUCGUUUAAUUAAUUGUUCAGUCCGACCCUGCUUUCAUCCACGAUACACAACAGUCCGCUGGUUCGCCUCAGGUCGAGGACUAGUAUCAAACGUCCGCCAAUAUAUAAAAUUUCGUAUUUAUUUCGUUUGUCUAGGGUUCCUAUGACAAGCCGCCGUCCUCACCACAGCCGUCCGUGGACCGUUUAUCAGUGACGUGGGCCGAUCCUGGCAGUAUGGCGUCUUCUGGAGUCAACCUCUUCCACUUGCCUUCUGAAGUACCUACUAACAAUGAAGUCAAGUUUUCUCCGUCCACAGGAGAUGGUUCUGAAGACGAAGAUUAUUCUGCAAGUCUCAGUGCUGUGCUACGCCAGCGUCGAGCGAGCGUUCGGCGCUCUCGUAAGGGCCGGACCAGAAGACCUUCUUCCCCGUUCUUGGCCGACGAGAUGCGCCCCAGGCGACGUUCCUCUGUCUUUACUACUAGUUCCGGCGACACUGCAAUUUCUAUUGAUGAUCAGCCAAUAGUGACCCAAGAACAAAUAUUUGAAAACAUUCAUCUUCAUAAAGAAGUUCUAGGAUCUGUUAAGCAACAACCGCUUGGAAUGAGAAGAAAGUUAAAAAUUGUACACCAGGCUAAAGGCUACAUUAAACGACAUGAAGGACAAUUGCAAGAAAGACUUGCGCAAUCUAAAAGUACAAGAGACAUUUACGCAAGGUUCAAUAUUCUCUUGGCAACGAAAUGGCAACAACUAAAACGAGAAGCAGCCAACACCUCCAAUUUGCUGAUACCCUGGGAGUUAAGAAUCAAAGAAAUCGAAUCUCACUUUGGCUCUGUCGUGGCUUCAUAUUUUACUUUUCUAAGAUGGCUAUUUUGGGUCAACUUGGUAAUCGGAUUCAUACUUCUUGUGUUCGUCAUUAUUCCUGAGUACCUGACAGAAAAUCCUUCGCAAGACGGCGAAAGAAAAAUAAUAAUGGAAGAUGAACGGCGAAACGCUACAAAUCUUCUAACUCUCUGGGAGUUCGAGGGCGCUCUCAAAUACUCUGCUAUUUUCUACGGGUAUUAUAGCAACGUCGAACGGCCGGAGUACAGAAUGCCUCUAGCGUACUUUCUAACAGGAUUAGUCGUAUAUAUUUAUAGCUUCGUCGCAAUUCUAAGGAAGAUGGCAGAAAAUUCACGAAUGUCUAAACUUUCCGAAAAAGAAGAUGAAUGUAUAUUUUCAUGGAAACUUUUUACUGGCUGGGACUUUAUGAUCGGCAAUGCUGAAACGGCCCAUAAUCGCAUAGCAUCUGUCACUUUGGGGUUUAAAGAAGCAUUGUUGGAAGAAGCAGAGAAAAAGAAAAAUUUAAGAAAUUGGCGCAUUAUUUCUUUGCGAGCCGUGGUAAACGUCUGCGUAAUAAUUUUACUAGUGGUAUCGGCGUAUGCAGUAGUCACUGUCGUAUCUAGAUCUGAUGAUAGUCCUAAAAUUAGAAGCUGGUGGCGCGAGAAUGAAACAACCAUUGUGGUUACCGUGAUUUCAAUAACAUUUCCUGUUUUCUUUGAACUUCUGGGAUUCCUAGAACAUUAUCAUCCAAGAAAGCAACUACGAUUGCAACUUGCUAGAAUAAUGUUGUUAAAUUUACUGAACCUGUAUUCGUUAAUAUUCGCUUUGUUCAGUAAAAUCGAAGGCAUGAGUAAAGAUCUAGUUUCAUUACAACCAGAAUUGAAGAUGAACGCUACUAAUUUUUCUGAUGUUACGCAUGAUAUAAAGGAUUCUUUAAUAAAAAGUUUACCAACAUCAUGUUUAGAAACUGCUGUUCCGUGCUUGCCAUGCGAAAUGUUCACGAUGCCAGUACAAUUGACUCAAAAUAGAUUUUUUUCAAUAAGUAAUGGUCAGCCGUCGCCUGUAAGUGAUACAAGUAAAUCUAUUGGCACUGUGUUUGCGAAUUUGGAAACAAAAAAAAGCAAUAAAAAAAGAAAUCUGAUAUAUGAAUCAAGACCUGAAAAUUUCAAAAUUAAUAAUACAGAUGAAGCAUUUUUAAAAGAAAUUGAAAAAAUUAAAAACUUAAGCAAAUUAUCCGCAAAGGAAGAUUAUGUCGAUGCUACAACCGAUAUGAACGAUGGUGAAUCAUACGAUAUUAAUUACGACAUAUUCGUAUCAACUGAUUCAGAAUCUAUAUCAGAAAGUGAUAUAAAUUUUAUAUUAAAAUAUUAUACGUCAAACCCCCUUCACUCUUCUACAAACAGUAACUCAGAAAUAACAACUGAUCAGCCAUCCAGCACAGAAUCCAGUACAGAUUAUUCUAGUUCUGUAACUGAUCAAACAUUAACUGUAAGCACUUUCGAUUCAGAUGUCAGUUCUUUUACGAUGAAUAGCGAUUUACCUCCAACUGCUUUCACCGAACCAAUAUUCGUUACUGACACCGGAUUGGGUUCAACAGAAACAAGCACAGCUGGUAAAUAUUCAGAUGAUACGUCACCAACACAAACAAAUCCCAUAAAUUCGACUGACUUUACGUCUGAAUUAAGCUUUACUGGUACACCUUUUGAAGAAAUAACUGAAACAACAUCUACCUUUACAGAUAAUUUAUUAGAAGGAAUAACUAUUUGUCCAAAUAUAUCAUUUAAUUGUUCUAUAACUUGCGGUGAUAAAAAUAUAACUCAAACAUUUUACAUUUCCAACUGUAAAAUUGUGCUUGCAAGAUGCUAUUUAAGGCAGUGUAAGACUUUACAAGUUGAUUUAAAAGAUUUGAAUACAAAUCAAACAAACUCUACUCUCCGGGAUAUUGUAUAUCAAGAUGCAUAUAAAAGAAAAAUGUACAACUUAACGAAAGCUACCAAGAAAAAGCUACUUAAACUAUGUUGGGAAACUAUGUUUGGCCAAGAAUUGGUAAAAUUAACAAUGAUGGAUCUAGUAUUUGUUUUAUUAGGUACGUUGUUUAUGGAUUUUUUUCGAGCUUUAUUUGUGAGAUACAUGAAUAAAUGUUGGUGUUGGGACCUAGAAAAGAAGUUCCCAGAAUAUGGAGACUUCAAAAUAGCUGAAAAUAUUUUACACCUCAUUAAUAACCAGGGAAUGGUUUGGAUGGGAAUGUUUUUUUCUCCUGGACUCGUUGUUUUAAACGUAUUUAAACUGAUGAUAAUGAUGUAUCUACGAUCUUGGGCAGUGAUGACUUGCAACGUACCUCAUGAAGUUGUUUUUAGAGUAUCCAAAAGUAAUAAUUUUUAUUUGGCAUUAUUGUUGACAAUGUUAUUUCUAUGUGUCUUGCCGGUUGGGUACACAAUCGUUUGGGUCACACCAUCUUGGCACUGUGGACCAUUUUCGGAAUACGAAAAAAUUUAUAAAAUAUUAACAAGCAAUAUAUACAAAGUCCUCCCUGAUCGUCUUAAUUUUACCUUGGAGUAUAUUACGUCACCAGCAAUAGUAAUACCACUACUUGUAUUAUUAAUACUUAUAAUAUAUUAUUUAACUUCAUUAACAAACUCACUAAGAGAGGCGAAUAAUGAUUUAAAGAUACAACUGAGAAGAGAACGAACCGAAGAGAGAAGAAAAAUGUUUCAAUUAGCAGAUACACGAAGACGAGGUGGUUCAUCAUCUAUAGAUAAUACACCUUUUGCCAGGUGGAAAAAAGCGUUGCCAUCUUUACCCAUUAGCAAAUCUAUAGAUUCUGAUGAUCGCAAAGCUACAAUCGAUGAAAAUAAGGAACCUAAGACUGUAAAAAAGAAAAGUGGAAUACUAGCAAAAAUUGUUGGCACAAUGUUAGAUCGAAAAUUUAAUGGAGAUAAUAUUCAAGACCUUACAGUGUCACAUAACAUAGACGAAGAAACAGACACUGAUUUUCAUGAAUCUCUUCCAAAAGAAGUUUUAAAAAUAAAAGAUAUCACCAUUUCUAAGAUUCCAGAAUAUAGGAAAAAAUCAAAUGUAGAAUUUAAAAAUGUUAGUAUUUCAAAGCGUAAACAUGAAGACAAUAAGCAUUGUGUAAAACCUGGAAAAUCAGAUACAAAUAGUGCAGAAAAAAAUGCUUGCAUAGAAAAGUUUAGUAAGACUAAUGUUGAUGAAGAUACAAAUACUAACACAGAAAAUAUUAAAAAACAGGAUUCCAAAUCUAGUAGCUUUUCUAGGCAAACAGAUUCAGUUGGAUCGGUAAUACCAGUGAUUACCAUCAGUACUACGGAAAGUGAUGAUGAAGUAUUACAAACCAUAGAAACGAAAGAUAAAAUCAUAGGGGAAAAAGAUGAAGUGGUCCAAAAGGAAGACGAUGAUGAAACAUACAACAAACAAGAAACUUCUAAAGUAGGCCUUAAAAGAAAUAGAAAUUGUUCGGAUUUAAAAUCUCUUCAAAGGCAAAGCAGCGUCGAUAGUAUAAAUGAAAAUAAAAGCCCUAAAGAAUAUAAAUUUGAAGAAACUGGCCACAAUUAUCAAUACUCUUUAUAAAUUUUAUAAUAAAGUUAAUUUAAGAAACUUAA